UUAAAACCCCUAUAAUCUAUCCAUUAUGACUACAAAUGGCAUCACUAUUCACGAUAUUUGCAGCCUGACCAACUAAAAUACAAAUAAGUAGUUUGUAAAUUAACUCUACAACGCUCUUCUUGUUUAAAGAAGUCAAAUCAAAGAACUAAAACUAACUCCAUCUCUAUUCGCCGAUGUAAAACCACUUUUUUCUAUUUUAUUUUUUAUAAUGCAUUAGAAAUUUACAAAUACAACAAAAACAGGCAACAAACAAAAAUUCCAAAGAUAACCGAAACAGAACAGAAAAAACACAAAUGGAAGACAUUUACAAGACGCGAAAAACAGAUUCAUAAUAGCUUACAAUAGACAGAACUUUUACAUUUUUUACAGCUUUGAGAUACUUUAUUAACACAGUAAUAAAGUCUACAUUUGUGAAUAAACCAUUUCAAAAUAAUAAAAUUAAUAAAAUUGUACAUUUUUAUCAACAUUUUCAAAACAACAAUUUUUUUUUUUGCAUUCAAUGUUAUGAACAUUAUUUUUAACAUAAUCCGAAAAAUUAUUUGCAAAAUAGUUGCGCACUAUGACAAUCAACAAAUAUAAGUGACUAAAGGAUUCCUCAUUGCUUUCUCAAUAUCUGAAAAUUUGGAAACACGUUGGUUGGGUAUAGUUUAUGUAAAAUCUUUACAUUUUUGAAUUUCUCUAACUUUAUAUGAAUUUUUUUCAAUAUCAUAUUUGUAUGGGAGCAGCCUGCCAUAAUAAAAAAUUCCAAUAAAAUAUCCCUCUUGGAAUAACUUAGGUUAAAAUCAACCUCUUUGAUGCAGCACAAUGAUGAAGGAAGAAUCACAGAAGCUGCACAAUGAUGGCGCUACAGCCUGCUAAGCCAAUCACAAGCGCGUAUGCUAGUUAGACAGUAGGACACGCCUGCUGACUGGUCCUCCUCAGACUUGCCACCGCCCUCGCCAACAGACUCUUCCAUCGUUGAGCGCUCCAGUGUGAGUGGAGCGCGCCGCUUCCUAUUGGUCAGCAGAGGCGAGAAGGGGCGGGUUUAAGAUGCUGAGAGAAGCAAAAGUGGGCGGUGACUUAGACAGUCUGGCUGGAGUAGAGCAUCCUUAACCGAGGCUCUGCUAGCGGCUCCAAACUGAUGCUGAGUCAGGUACAGGUGGAGUCACACAACCUAUUUUACCUCAGAACCUCCAGAAAUCAUGGAGGAGCUGGAACAUACCUGUCCGCUGCCACGAACGACUCUUAUAGAACCGGCCAUAUUUACUCCAGAGACGAGUUGUGAGUGUCGAGCGCCACAUGAAAAGCUGACUGUAGAUCAAGCUAGCCAUGGAACGCCAGUGGACCGACCGGUGCGAGUCUACGCAGAUGGCAUCUUCGAUCUCUUUCAUUCCGGUCACGCUCGUGCCCUCAUGCAGGCUAAGAAUCUGUUCCCCAACACCUACCUUAUAGUUGGAGUAUGCAGCGAUGAACUUACACACAAGUACAAGGGCUUCACCGUCAUGACAGAAGACGAGCGCUAUGAGGCAUUAAGACACUGCCGAUACGUCGACGAGGUUUUGCGCGAUGCUCCUUGGACUCUGACACAAGACUUUUUAGAAAAACACAAGAUUGACUUUGUGGCACACGAUGACAUCCCAUACUCCUCCGCUGGAUCUGAGGAUGUGUACAAGCAUAUUAAGGAGGCAGAAGGGAUCUCUACGUCUGACCUGAUCACCCGGAUAGUGAGAGACUAUGACGUCUAUGCUAGACGCAACCUGCAGAGGGGCUACACCGCUAAAGAACUGAACGUCAGUUACAUUAAUGAGAAGAAGUAUCGUCUGCAGAAUCAGGUGGACAGAAUGAAGGAAAAAGUGCGGACCGUAGAGGAAAAGUCAAAGCACUUUGUGUACCGAGUGGAGGAGAAGAGCCAUGAUCUGAUCCAGAAGUGGGAAGAGAAAUCAAGAGAGUUCAUUGGGAAUUUCCUGGAGCUCUUUGGCCCAGAUGGAACAUGGAAGCAGAUGUUUCAGGAGAGAAGCGGCCGUAUGAUUCAGGCCUUUUCACCACGUGGCUCACCCAGCAGCAGCCCUCCAAGGGACUUUUCUCCAUCCCGUUCCCCGUCGCCCCCGUCCCGCUGGGCAAUGCCCCGAACAUCACCACCCUCAUCCCCGAAGGGCGCCUCCGCCUCCAUCAGCAGCAUGAGUGAAGGUGACGAGGACGAGAAGUGAGAAUCAACCAUCACUCACACACCUAACAGACUGCACUUUACCUUCACACACACACACACACACACUGGGAGCGAAUGACAGGUCAAAUACUCUUAUGGGGAAAUUAAAAAUAAUGUACUGUACACAGCACAGGGUUUGUCCAAGUCCUGUUUAUUUAUGCUGGUAUUACAGCAAACUUUUUGAAAGCCAUCGCAGCCCUGAAUAUAUACUGAGAGGAGCUUAAUAAACAGAAGGGGGAUUCACUGAAA